AUGCUUGCUCACCUACACAACCGUGCCAAUGGCACCACUCCCCUACCCACAAAACAAGAGAUGCCCCCCAAGCCGAUCGGCUCAGUUGCUCCGCCGGCCAACCCAGUAGUCAAUCCCCACCCUCCCAAUCAGGUUCCGGUUAAUAACACCCCCACCCAAUCCGCUAAUAGAGGUGGUCCCGCCGUCGAUGCGACUCAUCCACCUGCACCUGUCGCCUCUACAGAUCCCCACCCUUCGGGCUUACCCCCAGUAGCUGCCCCCGCUACAGCCGUUGUGUCACACCCUACCACGACGACGGCUUCUGCUCUUCCCUUGGAAACAAAUUCUGCGAAAUUACCAACGGUUAGUACUCCUACUGGGCUAGCAGGUUCGAGGUCCGUCUGGGAGGCGAACAGACCUGAUAAUAACUUUGGUGGUGCGAGGCCCAUUCAGCAACAUAUUUCUACGGGGAUGAUUGUGGCCAUUGGGGUCAGCUCCAUUGCGAUCGCUCUAAUGUUCUUGAUCUUGUUGAGGUUUUUCUUCAAACGGUUGCGCAAUAAAACGGAGGAGCAACCCGCCGACGAUACGUUUAUCGUCAUUCCAUCAACUGCAUUCCUCGACCAUCCGAAGAAUCAGGAGAUGGGCGGCGUCGGCGCUUCACCUAUGAUAAAUCGUUCAGCUUCCACUUCAUCCGUCCGAAGCAAUAUGUCAUUCACAAAACCUCAAGAACAAUCACUUCUCCAUUUUACCAAUCCCUACAGCGAGUUCAGUGGCUCAUCCAACAAGGCCAGCCAAGCCAAUCAACCUCAUGCGAUGGAAUUCCUAGACCCCACGGGCAUGGGCACCCCUUUCACACAGACACAGUCCAAAGGAUGGGAUGGGAGCCGCCCCGCACAAGGGACUCAUUCAUACUAUUAA